CAUCUCUGAAGCCGCGCUCCCGGGGGCGGGGCGGGGCAGCCCAGCCCGAGAGGCUGUGGAGUGAGGGGGGGCGGCAGGCUCACUUCUCCUUUUGAAGCCCUAUUUUUAAACACGUAGGUUUCAGCACCUUUGCUGGCUCUUACUAACCACGAAGGAACACACAUGGUAGCUUUGGGCUACUUUUGGGGGUAAAAGUAGUGUUAUUCUUCCUCUUCUUUCCAAGAAAGCCUGAUGUCGGCUAACAUCUGGAAAGAAGAGACGAUUUCGCGGAAGAACACCUUCUACGCGGACGCAUCACUGUCGAGCACGUUGUGGCUGGAGGCCACCGAGCUGGCGAAGCUUCCACGCCCGAGGCACGGCCCACACUCAGCCCCCUGCGGUGUUUCCCAGGAACAACCCCAGGGCAGGUACGUCCGCGACGCACCUUCCCCAGCGAGGCGCAUGCGCAUGCGUACACGGGGGACACCGCCCAGCGAGCGCAGCAGGCCGGCUUUCCGACCACCCACGUCGGUCUCGUGCGCGUGCUUCCUGUCCAACGGUGCCGUUUGCGUCAGAGGACAGGAAACCAACGUUGUCCCAAUGGGACAGUGCAGGUGGCGCUCAGGAGCCAGGUCUCGGCCGCAUGGCCUGGGCUCAGAGGUGAGCAGCACAGUAACGACAGGGGUUACUGGCUUGGCGCCGGGGUCUGCAGGACCCUCGGGAGAGGAAGCGCCGCGCCUCCUGCCACAUCUGCACGCAUGCAGCCCACGGGGGUUUCUGGAAGACUGCUGCCUCCUGAAAGACGCACAGCCCCAAGUUUCUCCCUUGCACCCAAGUGCUGGCAGCCUAUGGGUGGGGCCAGAGGCAGACUGAACCUUGCCCUUCCCGCUGCCCUUCCACGCGAACCUCCAAGGGACUGGUUGCCUGGCCUCAGGGUGACACGGCGCCCAUAGCCGAUGAUGAGCCCUCAUCUUCAAACGCACCCCCCAAACGCGUCCCUCUCCAGGGAGAAUGGCCCCAGCCAGCCCCCCAUACCCAGCCCUGGAGCACCAACGAGGGCAGAAGCUGACUCCACAGUGUGGUCCCCCCUUUCUUAGAUGGCGUGGGUUUAUUCAAUCCCAGCAGCCUUAAAAUACGAAUCACACACAGCAGAACCACCGAGCUCCACAAGAAAGGAAGCUAAGUAAACUAAGCUCCAACUCCUCCCGCUGGAAGUGGAGGAAGUGGGCUGGGGCAGGGCGUCUGGGCCUCCCUGUGAGAUGCUGACGGCCCGGCACACGGGACCCACAAGGCGGCAGUCGCUCUCUCCCGCUGCUGGCACGUUUAACGAGGGGUGACAGGCCUUCCCGCAUACCCGCGCCCAGCGCAGACCCCGCAGCUCCACAGCGAGGACAGUGCCAGGGCGGCCGAGGUGGGGGGCCGGUGGGCCGCUCUGCCUCCGUCUCAGGGCCUCCGCACAGCGCCCGGGACCGUCCCCAGGAGGCUCGCUGGAGGCUUACGUGUCGCUGUGCACUGGGGACCGGUCACACUGACGGCCUGUGCCCUUACUAACACAACCCAGCACCCCACUGUGGCCCCCUCCUCUCUGGCCGACCGCACGCUGUCACACAGACGGAAGCUCACUGCCCCCUGUGAGGCCCCCGAAGGCGUGAGGACUGACCCCCAGCGUGGGGGGGGGCAGAGGGGUCCCCACAGACGCCCAGGCCGGCUGCCAGCACCCCCAGACGUUCCAGGGAAACAUGCCACCGCGGGCACCAGCCUCGGAAACCGUCCGGGCAGCGUGCCGGCGUCCUCGUGCCGGAUGUGCCCACGGUAGCAGCGACAGAGAGCACCCUGACCAGGCCCCCGGGGAGACCGGUGCUGGCGGCAGAGACGGGGAGCAGCCGUCCACCUGGGCCCGUUUCCACCGUCCCCGGGGCCCCACGGGGUCACACGUUUGCAGACGCCUCUGUGCGGACAGUGGGAUCGAGUGAGGGGGGGCAUGCGAAUCACUGGAAAUUCAGGACAGAAGAGUAGUGUGGCUUCCCCUCACUGUAGGAAGUGAGACCUCACCCAUGGACAACAUGA